UUAUAAUGGUAUUGUUAUUGACCAACCGAGAUCAGUCGGGACGAAGCGAGUGCACACGUAGACAGGUACAUUCGUAGACAAGUUCAUUCGGAGUGUUUCUGCUUCAAAUGGAUUGAAUGACAGUAGGAGGAACUAAAGCUGAUCAGAUAUAUUUUCAGGAUUAAAAGAUGUUCCGUAUCCAGAGCCAGAAACUGCGAGAGGUGAAUUUGAAAAAGUUUGCACUGAAGAGCGACCAUGUACUGCGACUGGCAAGCCGGUUGGCACUGCCAUGCCAAAAUCGGCACGCAUACCAAAGCACAACAGCAGCAUCCGUGAAAACGCCAGUGAAAACGAAAAUCAACAAAAUUCUGGUCGCCAAUCGGGGAGAGAUCGCGGUUCGUGUAUUCCGUGCUGCCACCGAAGCAGGCAUCAGGACCGUUGCUGUGUACUCAGAGCAGGACGCCAAACAGCUGCAUCGACAGAAAGCUGACGAGGCAUACAUGAUUGGUAAAGGCAUGCCUCCGGUUGCAGCAUACCUUAAUGCACCAGAGAUCAUUCGUGUUGCUAAGGAACAUGAUGUUGACGCAAUUCAUCCUGGAUAUGGGUUUCUUUCGGAAAGACAUGACUUCGCGAGGGCAUGCGUCAAAGCAGGCAUCAAGUUUAUCGGGCCUAGGCCGGAGAUUAUUCACUUAAUGGGAGACAAAAUUGAAGCACGAAAAGCUGCCGUAAAGAAUGGCGUUCCUGUGAUUCCUGGAACAGACAAGCCUGUUAAGACGAUGGAGGAAGUGAGAGAGUUCUGCGAGGAAUUUGGCAUGCCGAUUAUGUUGAAGGCAGCAUACGGUGGUGGAGGAAGGGGAAUGAGAGUCGUCAGUGACAUUGAUGAGCUAGAGAAAAUGUUUGAACUGGCAACAUCAGAAGCCAGGGCGGCUUUUGGAGAUGGCUCUAUGUUUGUCGAGAGAUUCAUCUCGCGUCCAAGGCACAUAGAGGUGCAAGUUCUUGGGGACGCCUACGGAGACGUUGUGCACUUUUAUGAACGAGAUUGCUCUGUGCAGAGAAGACAUCAGAAAGUCGUAGAGAGUGCUCCUGCGCCACACCUCUCGGCGGAAUUGCGCAGCACCCUAACAGGUCACGCUGUCAGGUUAUGCAAGGCUGUGGGCUACGAAAAUGCAGGCACUGUGGAGUUUCUUCUAGAUGAGGAAGGAAACCAUUUUUUUAUAGAAGUCAAUGCAAGGCUUCAGGUGGAACAUACUGUGACUGAAGAGGUCACCGGAGUUGAUUUGGUGAAAGCGCAGAUUGGGGUCGCGGAAGGGAAAUCGCUAGCGGAAAUGGGACUUUCCCAGGAGAAUAUCCACCUAAACGGACAUGCCAUCCAAGCCAGAAUCACCACUGAAGAUGCAUCGAAUAAUUUUGUUCCUGAUACGGGCAGGAUCGAGGUAUUUCGCAGUGGAGAAGGUAUGGGGAUACGCUUAGAUGGAGCAUGUGGCUUCGCAGGGGCAGAGGUAUCACCCCAUUACGAUUCGCUGCUUGUGAAAGUCAUUGCCCACGCUAGUGAAUGGAAAGAAACAGUGGAUAAGCUGAGCAGGUCUCUCAAAGAAUUUAGGAUCCGAGGCGUCAAGACAAAUAUCCCGUUUAUUCGAAAUGUGCUGAAGCACCCUCUGUUCAUGGAUGGAUUCGUGAACACCGACUUUAUCCAUAACAACCCAGAGCUUUUCGAUGUUCAACGAAGUCAGAACAGAGCACAAAAGUUGCUGCAUUAUCUUGGGCAUGUUAUUGUAAAUGGACCUGUGACCCCGUUGUCGACUGGUAUGAAACCGGCUAAAAUCACCCCAAACAUACCAGAGGUCAAAAAUUACAUAUUUUCAAAAAGCCAGGUUCCUUCAAACUCGUCUGCUGCGGGUCGCAUCAACCGCCCUAGUGGGUACAGAGAUAUUCUCUUGCAACAGGGACCUGAUGGUUUUGCCAGGACAGUGAGACGAGAGGGUCGUCUUCUACUAUGCGACACGACCUUUCGAGAUGCACAUCAGUCUCUGUUGGCUACCCGUGUUCGGACCCACGAUUUGCUGAGGGUAUCGCCAUUUGUUUCGGAUUCAUUUGCUAAUUUGUACAGUUUGGAAUGCUGGGGCGGAGCCACAUUCGAUGUAGCCUUACGUUUUCUAAAGGAGUGUCCUUGGGAUCGUUUGGCACAGCUCAGAGAACUAAUCCCAAACAUUCCAUUUCAAAUGCUCUUAAGAGGAGCAAAUGCAGUUGGCUACAAGAACUAUCCAGACAACGUCGUUUUCGAGUUCUGUAAAAUGGCACAGAAAUACGGAAUGGACAUUUUCAGAGUUUUCGAUGCCCUAAACUAUCUUCCGAACCUUCAAGUUGGGAUUGAUGCUGCAGGCGAGGCAGGUGCUGUAGUCGAGGCUGCGAUCUCGUAUACUGGUGACGUAUCUGAUCCAAGUAAAACAAAAUACAACAUCGAUUAUUAUAUGAAUCUUGCCAAGGAACUGACAAAGGCCGGCGUACACGUGCUUUGUAUCAAGGACAUGGCGGGCGUGUUGAAGCCUCAAGCUGCCCAGAUUCUUAUUGGGUCCUUACGAGCUCAGUACCCAAAGAUGCCAAUUCAUGUACACACACAUGACACAGCUGGAGCCGGCGUGGCAUCAAUGCUUGCAGCUGCGGAGGCAGGCGCAGACGUCGUUGAUGUCGCUAUUGACUCUAUGUCCGGUAUGACCUCACAGCCAAGUAUGGGCGCUGUAAUCGCGGCACUUCAGAACACAGACCUUGACACAGGAAUUCCAAUGGAUAAAGUAUUUGACUACAGUGCCUACUGGGAACAGACACGGCUUCUUUAUGCCCCCUUUGAAUGCACCACGACAAUGAAAACAGGCAAUGCUGAUGUGUACACGAAUGAAAUCCCUGGAGGCCAAUACACCAAUUUGCAAUUCCAAGCUUUCAGUCUGGGGCUCAGUGACCAGUUCCCAGAAGUGAAGCGGAAAUACGUCAUUGCAAAUAAGCUGCUCGGGGAUUUAGUGAAGGUGACACCAACAUCAAAGGUGGUCGGCGACUUGGCACAGUUUAUGGUGCAGAACAAACUAGAGGAGCAAGACUUUUUGCAGCGAGCCGAUGAACUCAAUGUGCCUUCAUCAGUUAUCGAGUUUCUUCAAGGCCACCUUGGCCAGCCUUAUGGUGGAUUCCCAGAACCUCUACGAACAAAACUUUUGAAGGGGAAACCAACGGUUGAUGGAAGACCAGGAGAAAGCCUCCCACCACUUGAUUUUGAACAAUUAGAAGCAGAGCUUAAACAAGACUAUGGAGCAACUGCCAUCAGCAAAAAAGAUGUAAUUAGUGCUGCAUUGUAUCCCGAUGUCUUCAAAGAUUACAUUUUGUUUAAAGAAGAGUUCGGACCAGUACAAGGCUUGCCAACGCGUCUUUUCUUCGUUGGCCCUGAAAUAGGCGAAGAGUUUGAAGUGCAAAUUGAGACCGGAAAAACUCUAAACCUGAAGAUUUUAGCCAUUGGAGAAGCAAACAAACAAGGCAAGCGAGAGUUGUUCUGUGAAGUGAAUGGGCAGCUUAGGCCGUUUUUGGUUGAAGAUAAAAAGGAAACAAAAAAAGUCGUAUUAAAUCCUAAAGCCGUCAAGGGCGUCAAAGGGUCGGUUGGCGCCCCAAUGCCCGGAAAAGUUGUUGCCAUUCGCGUAAAAGAAAACGAAGUUGUGCCAAAGGGUGCUCCACUAGUGGUGCUCAGCGCAAUGAAGAUGGAGACCAACGUUACGUCGCCAAUUGAGGGCAUAGUGACGUCAAUUUCAGUCAGCCCUGGUACGCACGUCGAAGGGAAUGAUCUCUUAGUCACUGUAGAACCAAAAGAAUAAACAUUAUUUUAAAUGCUUAUAUUUGAAUCACAUUCACCACAGACACAAUGAUCCUUAGGUGCUUUAAAAAUUCGACUUGGCUGUUGAGAAUGCUUUAAAUACCUUUUUUAUUACCCCCUCCCCCCAUUUAAUCCCUAAUCGAGCCGACCAUGACAGGAAGUAUUAUAUGUUUACUACCCCCUGUAUUGAUAACAUUCGCCCCCAAUACCACAUUUCUUAUUCAAUACCUUUUCAUACAAUGUGGCCAUUAAACGAAGAAAACUGGAUCUCAAACAGUCGUAAUACGAUAUCACAUGUUUCCACGAACCCUUUUCCAGUCUGGGCAAUUUUUUCACUUUAAAUACUAUUGAUUUGGCUUAUUUCUGAUUUACAUGAUGUAUUUGUAGUGAUUUAUUCUCAGAAAUGAAAUAUAAUGAAUUUCACACCGAAAAGCGAUUUCUUGUGUCGCAUAUUUUCGGCAAUCUAAAUAAGGAUGCAAUUUUAUCACAGUUUUUUUUUAUUUUGCUUUGUACCCUGAUGAUUCCAAUGAUGCUAAAUUAAAAAACCGGCCUAGCAUUUUACCUGUUUAGAGCCGUUGGUACCCUGCGUAUCAACCGACUGGCCUAUGAUCAGUGGAUCUUUCCAUUGCCGGCUUUGUUUGCCGUAUUUUCUUUCUCGCCAUAUUUUACUCACCCUAACAUGGCAGUUAUAGAGAUAAGAUUUCCAACCAAAACUGUUUCCUGGUAACUUUGGUGACAUCAUUGUACAAAGCCAUGGAUACAGACCCGCUAAUGUUGAUUUUUUGACGAUAUAAAAUCGUCAACAUACUGAGCUGAAAUUUUACGCCAUCUGUUUUAACGUAUUUCGCAUUUAUCUGCAGCGUUACAGUCAAAUUUUUUGUUUAUUUCGUCAUUUUUUCUGCUAACCCAAAAAUUCAAGACAUCCUUAAUUCGCAAAAGUUGAGAAACUUACAAAAACGUGUAAUGAUGAAGUGGAAGGAACGUAUAUCAAAUGCGAUGGC